AUGGAGAAGCUGUUUGAAAAGAAAACACUCGCCAUCAUCACCGGAGGAGCCUCUGGCAUCGGUCUGGCACUUGCGCAAAAAUGUGUCAAAGCAGGCAUGUUCGUCAUCGCUUGCGACAAGGACCAGCACGCCAUCAAGUAUGUCAUGGAAACAUACGGUCAAUCCAUCAAAGCAGUUCACAUGGACGUCAGCCGUGUUGCUCUUUUGGUCUUGAACGCAGGGAUCAAGCCGGAGUCUUCUUUUGACUCUGUGGCUUCCUUUCAUACCACCUUCGACACCAAUGUGUUUGGAGUGGUCUGUGGCGUUGGCGCACUCCUUCCAUCCGUCAAAGCGAGCGCCGAAGUUGGCAAUCGAUCUGCUAUCGUCAUCACCGGUUCAAAGCAGGGCAUUACAAAUCCGCCCGACUAUCCUGCGUACAACGCGUCCAAAGCAGCGAUAAAUUCCAUUGCGGAGCAGCUCAGUUUCGACUUGCGAAAUACCGAAAGGGUAUCAGUGCAUCUUCUCGUUCCUGGAUGGACUCACACCGGCAUGGGUGGGAGGACCCCGCAGACGAGUCUUUCCAAGCCUGAUGGUGCAUGGUGGCCGGAACAGGUGGUGGAGUACUUGGAGAAGAAGAUGCAAGAAGACCAGUUCUGGGUUCUUUGUCCGGAUAAUGAAGUGACGGAGUCUCUAGACCGAGCAAGAAUGCUGUGGAGCGCAGGCGAUGCUGUAGAAGGGCGCCCGCCACUGAGCAGAUGGAGAGAAGAUUGGAAAGGUCCAGCUAGUCGCUUUGUUGAAGCAUACGAGGAUACUGAGCAUUGA